AUGGCGACAGCAGACAAUACUGUCCCCAGGAAGAAGUGGUGGAAGAUCCAGUGGUACUCGGACGAUGACACCCCCGAAGAGCGCAAGUUCAUCAUCAAACUCGAUCUCAUUGUCGUGCCCUACGCAGUUCUAGCGUACUGGGUCAAGUAUAUCGACCAAGCAAACUUGAACAAUGCCUACGUCGGAGGAAUGAAAGAGGAGCUUGGCUUCAAAGGCAAUGAGCUCGUCGAACUCCAGACAAUGUAUACAGUCGGCGCAGUUGUUGGCAUGGUGCCCUUCAUGUUCUUGUUCACUUACAUCCCCAUGUACUGGACCAUCCCCGCGAUGGAUAUCCUUUGGGGACUUUUCACCCUGCUGCAAUACCGAGCACACUCAUUCGGGGAGCUGGCGGCGUACCGAUUCAUGGUGGGCUUCUUCGAAGCAGCCUUCUUCCCCGCUAUGCACUACGUAUUCGGCCUCAUCGCAGCUGGAGCAUCACACCGUCUUGAAGGUGUCAACGGGAUGGCAGGCUGGCGUUGGAUGUACAUCAUCUGCGCGAUCAUCACUAUCCCUGUCGGCAUUCUCGGAUACUUUCUCCUCCCGGGCACUGUAGAACAACCGAACCGCUGGAUCCUCAAUGAGCACGACAUCAAGAUUGCAAAAUCUCGCCUGGAACGCGGCGGGCACGUCACCCGCGGCAAGUUUAAGCUCGGACACCUCAAACAGAUCUUCCUCAGCCCGCAAUUCUGGACCGUUGUGCUUGUCGAUGUGCUGUUUUGGAACGCCGGUAUCCAUAAGAGCACAGGCAGCUUCCUUCUUUGGAUCAAGAGCUUGGGCCGCUACAGUCCGGCGCAGGUCAAUGAGAUGGGAACCAUUGCGCCAGCCUUGGGGAUCCUAUACAACAUCGUGGCCUGCUUCCUGUCUGACUUGGUACUCGGACCUGCAUGGGCUAUCACCUUUUCCUCAUUAUGGAAUGCCACGGGCUUGAUCAUGCUUGUCGUCUGGGACGUGCCCGAGGGUGCCAAGUGGUUCGCCUUCUCGACGAUGUACUGGUCCAACGCACUGUCCAGUGUCCUGCACGGCUGGGUCAACACCAUCCUCAGAGACUCUCCGGAACAGCGGUCAUUCACCCUUGUCAUGAUCACCAUCAUUGCCCAGUCGUCGACAGCCUGGACACCGUUGCUAACAUUCCCGACUGUUGAGUCUCCAAGCUAUCCCAAGGGAUUCUCUUUCUGUCUGGGGUGUGCUGUUGCGCUCAUUGUUGCGACGCACGUUCUCGAUGUUUAUAUCAAACGCAAAGAAAAAGCGAAGCAUGCGCAGCUUGAAAGCGGCAGCAGGCACGAUGGUAGCUACGUUGAUGCCCCUACUGACUCUACCGGGAAGACUACGACCGCCGAAGUGACGGCAGUAGUCAAUACUUCAGAAGAGUCCAUAGCAAGACACUGA